UACGUCACUUCCAUCCUCUGCUGGGUGGACGCCACUGCGGCCUUGGCAGCAGCCGCAGCCCGAGCCCUCGAGUCCAGGGCUGGGGUGAAUCCGAGCUAGAGCCGGCGGCCCGGCCGAGGGAAGAGAGCGGGAGAGCCGAAGCACCCGGCACAGGCUUCCGGAGCUUUUGGAAGGGAAGGGGGAGGGGAGCCGCGCUUGCGCAGUCAGUCCUCCCCAAGGUGCUUCUGCAGCCACGCUCUCCCGCGAGGGGGCGCGCCCAUUGGUCAGCACGAAGGGGGUGGGUCAGUCUGGGCUCCAAUCAGGAGCCGCCUGGAAGACCUGCCCUCCGGGGGCGUGACCGUCUUUCCCUCCGGCUGUUCUGCCCUCCCUCACCCGCAGGGAUGGCCCCGAGGUUCCCGCCCGCCGACGCCCUCCAGGAGUCGGUGACCUUCAGUGAUGUGGCCGUGGACUUCACCCUGGAGGAGUGGGGGUGCUUGUGCCCCCCUCAGAAGGAGAUGUACCGCGAGGUCAUGCUCGAGAACUACGGGAACCUGGUCUGCCUGGGCCUGGCCAUGUCCAAGCCAGACGUGAUCUCCCGGCUGGAGAGGGGGGAAGCCCCAAGGUCGCCAGGGGGAGACCUCGGCAGUGCAGAUUGGGGAACAGAGUCCGGUGCCGAAGAGUCAGCUCCAAAGCUUGGCACUUUUCUGGAAAAAUCAACCUUGGAGCAACUCACAAGAGGUCAUUUGUGUGUGUCCCAGUGGGAAGCAGCUUCAGAACAUGAUGUCAGAAUUCAUACUCCUGAAAAAUCCUAUAAAUGUAAUAAAUAUGAGAAAGCUUUCCACAAGAGCUCACAACUUACCGUUUACCCGAAAAUCCACCCUAGCAAGAAACUUCAUGAAUGUGAAGAAUGUGGGAAGACCUUCAGUGUGAGAACAGGUCUUACUCGACAUCAGAGAAUUCACACCAGAGAGAAACCUUUUGAGUGCAGUGACUGUCUGAAGGCCUUCAAUCAGCGAUCACACCUUACUCAGCACCAGAGACUUCACACAGGAGAAAGACCUUAUGAAUGUAAUGAGUGUGGGAAAGCCUUUAUUGUGAAAACCGGGCUUAUUCAACAUCAGACAACUCAUACUGGGGAGAGACCUUACGAGUGUAACGAGUGUGGAAAAGGCUUCAGUUUGAGGACAGAUCUCACUCGACAUCAGAAACUUCACACCAGAGAGAAACCUUAUGAGUGUUUUGAAUGUGGAAAGGCUUUCCACUGGAGCUCCCACCUUACUCAGCAUCAGAGAAUUCACACUGGAGAGAAACCUUAUGGAUGCAGUGAGUGUGGGAAGGCUUUUCACCAGAGAUCAAGCCUUAAUGAACAUCAGAGAAUUCACACAGGAGAGAAACCUUAUGAAUGCAAUGAAUGUGGAAAGGCCUUCAGUAGGAGCUCACGACUUACUGUCCAUCAGAGAAUCCACACUGGAGAGAAACCCUAUGAAUGUAGUGAAUGUGGGAAAGCCUUUAGCAAGAGUUCACAACUUAUUGUACAUAAAAGAAUCCAUACUGGAGAGAAGCCUUAUGAGUGUAACGAAUGUGCAAAGGCUUUCAGAAGUAGCUCAGGACUUAUUCAACAUCAAACCACUCAUACUGGAGAGAAACCUUAUGAAUGUAAUGAAUGUGGGAAGCCCUUCAGCCAUAGCUCACAUCUUAUUGUACAUCAAAGAAUUCAUACAGGAGAGAAACCUUAUGAAUGUAACGAAUGUGGGAAGACCUUCCGUUUGAAGACAAGUCUUACUCAGCAUCAGAGAAUUCACACUGGAGAGAAGCCUUUUGAAUGUAACGAAUGUGGAAAGACCUUUAGUGUGAGAAAACGUCUCACUCUACAUAAGAGAAUUCAUAGCCGAGAAAAAACUUUAGAAUAUUUAGAAUGUGAGAAGACCUUCCAUGGAACAUCACAGCUUACUCUACAGGAGAGGAUUCAUCCUGGAGAGAAACGUUUUGAGUGUUUUGAAUGUGGGAAAGCCUUCCAUGGGAGCUCACAGCUCAUCCUACAUUGGCGAAUUCACACUGGGGAGAAACCUUUUGACUGCAUUGACUGUGGCAAGGCCUUCAGGCAGAGAUCACAGCUUACUGUACAUCAGAAAAUUCACACAGGAGAGAAACCUUAUGAGUGCAGUGAAUGUGGGAAGGCCUUCAUCCGCACAACAGAUCUCACUCGGCAUCAGAGGAUUCACACUGGAGAGAAACCUUAUGAAUGCAAUGAGUGUGGGAAGGCCUUUAGCCAAAGGUCCCAACUCACUGUCCAUCAAAGAAUUCAUUCUGGAGAGAAACCGUAUGAAUGUGAUGAGUGUGGGAAGGCCUUCAGUCAGAGAUCCCAGCUUCUUGUACAUCAGAGAAUUCAUUCAAGAAAGAAAUCUUAUCCUCCUUUAUCUUCUUUCAACAAUUAAGUACUUAGUUCUCUCCUUCUUUGCCUUUAGUUCAUCAGAGUUAAAAGCUUUCCUCCUGCAUCUUUAACUGUACAUUCUCUGUUUUUGUUGUGUCUUGGCUUUUUCCCCAUACUCGUUAAGUUCAUUGUUCUCCAAGAUUCUGUCCUGGACUCUAAUCUCUUUUCCUUAUAUUUGCUCUGUUGGGAAUGUCCCUCAGCCCUUUUUGGGUAAUUACCAUGUUAAAAACAAAAAGAUCUU